AGAGAGCGAGUGAAAGCUUAAAAUAUUCUCUCUCACCGCCAGCUUCAAAUCAGAUCCUUGAUCAUCAUCUUUCACGUAUAAAAAAUGCAGGAAAGGAGAGAGAUGACACCAAACAAAAUCCUCUACAAUACGUGUGUUUGAUACUGUCAGAAUCAUCAUCAUUCAACAUUGGACGCACAAUUUCCCUAAAAACUUUACGUAAAACUCAAAUACACUCCGUAAAUCCAUAAUUCCGUAUCAAAAGAAAAAAAAACUCACAUACAAUACCCAGAUACCCUCUUCACUUCUCUAGUUCUCUUCCCAUUUUUUUCUUCGACUAAAUCCCACUUUUUAGCAAUUUAACAGAGAACAGUUAAAUCUGAAUUGGGUUUUUCAAUCAAUCAAUAAGAUGGGUGUCAAAAGGCCCAGAAGUGUACCUGAGAAUACAAUUGUAGAUGUUUGGCGAAGAGAGGUUGGCCAACUUUCUUCUAGAAACUUCGCUCAUCGUCUCGCCGCAUCUGAGGGGUUGGUUCUCAGAUUUGAUAUUUUGAGGAAGCUAGAGAGGCAUAGAGGCUGUGUGAAUACAGUGAGCUUCAAUGCGUCUGGUGAGAUUCUUGUGUCUGGCUCUGAUGACAGGAGAGUUAUAUUAUGGGAUUGGGAAGUUGGGCAUGCUAAACUCUCAUUUCAUUCUGGUCAUGGUAACAACAUAUUUCAGGCAAGAUUCAUGCCUUGCAGUGAUGACCUUAGCAUUGUUACUUGUGCAGCAGAUGGCCAGGUAAGACAUGCGCAAAUUCUUGAAGGUGGCCAUGUGGAGACAUCUUUGCUUGGCAGGCAUCAAGGCCGAGCUCAUAAGCUGGCAAUCGAACCUGGAAGUCCUCAUGUUUUUUAUACUUGCGGAGAAGAUGGAUUGGUCCAGCAUUUUGAUCUGAGAACUAAAGCUUCUACAGAAUUGUUUACAUGCCAUUCAACUCUUGGGAGAAGGAGGUACCGUCCUGUUGUGCAAUUAAACACUAUUGCCAUUGAUCCCAUGAGGCCUAAUCUGUUUGCAGUUGGAGGGUCUGAUGAGUAUACUCGGGUUUAUGAUAUCCGCAAAUAUAAGUGGGAUGGGUCAACUGAUUUUGAUCAACCCAUAAACUAUUAUUGCCCUGAACAUCUGGUUGGUAAUGAGAAAGUAGGGAUAACAGGUCUUGCAUUUUCCGACCAAAGUGAGCUUCUUGUAUCCUAUAAUAACGAGCAGAUCUAUCUCUUCACUAAAGAUAUGGGAUGGGGACCAAAUCCUGCUCCAUCAUCUCCUCUGUCAACUUGCAGUGAUGCUGAUGAACCGGGACCUGAUGACUCUUCAGGGGCAGUUGAAUCUGUCAUGGAUACAGACAACAGACCUGUUCCCCAAGUUUUCAAGGGCCAUAUUAAUCGUGAAACAGUCAAGGGUGUAAGUUUCUUUGGGCCAAAGAGCGAGUACGUCGUAAGUGGAUCUGAUUGUGGUCGGAUUUGUAUUUGGAGAAAAAAGGACGGAGAGCUCAUCCGUGUAAUGGAAGCUGAUAAGCAUGUGGUUAACUGCAUUGAGGCACAUCCACAUACUGCAGUUCUUGCCAGUAGUGGAAUUGAAAAUGAUAUCAAGAUAUGGACUCCAAAGGCAGAGGAAAAAGCUAUUUUGCCUGCUAACAUUGAUGAGUUGAUUGACAGUGGAGAAAAGGAGAAAUUGAUGGAUCUUUUGAGGAGGUUUUGGCAGCUGAUGGUGUUGUGGUGGUGUUUUAGUGUUGGCAUAUGUGGAAGAGGAAGGGGAGGGGGUGGCAGUGUGGCAGGGGAGGGGUAGAGGGAAGGCAUGGAGGUGAAGGAAGGAGGAGGGAGAGAUGAUGAUGUGAUGAUGGAGGAGGGUGGUGUGUGCUCUGAUGGUGAUGAUGGUGGAGGGAGGAGGUAGAGAUGUUGGUGAACUGAUGAUGAUGGAGGUAGAGAUGAUGCCAAAGACGCCUCUAAUGAUGGUGCAGUUGUUGCUUUGUUAUUUCAAUUUUAUUUUUAAAAUUGUUUAAAUAACCAAUGAUUAUAGAACACGUGUCACAUUUUAGCUAUCCUUUAGGUGAUAAGUGGUGGUAACUUGUUUAAAACAGAUUGGUAUUAAAGUUAGACUUAUUCAAGAGUAAUAAAGAUUGGCUUAUUUUUACCAAACGGCCUAAAGGUUGACUUUUCUGUGACAAUUUUUUUCCAAAAAUAAAAUUCAGAAAAGAAAGCCAACUUACUUCCUGCUUUUGUUGCUGAGACUAAAUUCCAAGUCAAAAUACCACUUUGUUUUUUCAGUGAGUGUGGUGAAGUAGCAAAUGGUCAUUGCUUUGUAGAUUAGAAAUUUAAUGGAAAUAGACUGUUAUUUUAGGCAAGGUCGUGUAUAUCCAAUCCUGAAUACCCUUCCCCAAGUGCGAAUCUCUCUAGAGAUAUUGUGGUUAUUUUGAUGGUUACCAAAUUCCAGAUCACUUUGACCUUUUGUGGAAAAUAGACUUGUUAUGCUCGAUGAGCACCGGAGGAUGUCUAACUUAUCUCUGCGUUGCUUUCU